AUGGGAAAAGGAGCUGCGAGGUUUGGAGGAAAAAGCGGGUUUCUGCCGAAACCACGGGACAUUUUCAAACAGCCGUACAAGCACGUUGUGUACCAGAAAGAGCCCGACACGGGGUACGCCGACGGGAUCUUGCAUCCUCGCGGCACAACAAGAGACCUGAUCCGUCCGCCGGUGGUGACGCCCGAGGAGCGUCUUUUGCGCACGGCCCGGCCGCCGAAACAGGCGCCGGACGAGUCUGCGCUGCAGAAAAUGGCCGCCGAGCAGCGCGCAAACAUCAAACAGGCCGAGCUCCGCAGAAAGUAUCUUGCCGAGUCGUACCAGACAGAGGUGGGCCGUUUGGAGAGGCUGGAGGCCCAGGAGCGCCGCCGCGCAGAGGAGCAGGCCAAGGUGGAGCAGGCCGCGCGCGAGUACAAGGCAGGAGGAGAAGGAGGAGCUGAGACUGAAGCGGGAGGCGAACCGGCGGGCGCGGGAGCUGGAGCAGAAGCAGGCGCAGGCGGUGAAGCUGCUGGAACUGUACAAUGCGGCGGCGAAUUUCGCCGUGACGGAGGAAAAACUCAAGGAGAUGGUGGACAGUGCGUUCUCGGACAGAAAGCUGCAGGCGGUGAAGGACAUGCUGAGCGUGGAUCUGAGCGGUCUGGGCUCGCAACCAAGCUCGGGCGAGUUCGACAAGACGGUUGCGGACGUGAUUCUGGGCACCGUGAACAAGGGUCCGUCGCUGGACGCUGUGGAGGACACGCUGAGCGGCUUCAACGAGAUGAUGCUGGAGGUGGCGCAGACGAAGAUGGAGGAGAAGAAGAUGGAGCUGAAGCAGAAGGCGGUGGAGAAGCAGAGACAGCUGCAGCAGCUGCAGGAGGAGAUUCUUCGCGAGCGGGAGCAGAAGCGCGAGGAGGGUGA